UGGUUGAGUUGUUCUCAUCCUAUUUGCAAGCUCGCACUGUGUUUAAGACAAACUCUAUACGUUCGAUCUUCUGAGCUUUCCUUGGUUUUCCAGGUUCUUGGACUACAACGGAAAUGGAUAUUCCGCAUUUCUUGUUUGGGAUUUUUGGGAAUGCAACUGCACUAUUUCUCUUCCUUGCUCCUACAAUAACAUUUCGUAGGAUCAUCAAGAACAAAUCAACGGAGAAGUUCUCAGGUCUCCCAUACGUCAUGACCCUCCUUAACUGUCUCCUCUCCGCAUGGUACGGACUCCCUUUUGUGUCCCCGCACAACAUCCUGGUCAGCACGAUCAACGGCACGGGAUCGGCGAUCGAGUCAGUCUACGUGUUGAUCUUCAUCAUAUACGCACCGAAGAAGGAGAAGGCUAAGAUUCUGGCACUUCUCUCGUUCGUGCUCGCCGUCUUCUCGGCCGUCGCCGUCGUUUCUCUCUGCGCCCUCCACGGCAGCUCCAGGAAGCUCUUCUGUGGAUUGGCUGCGACCAUCUUCUCCAUCAUCAUGUACGCCUCACCUCUAUCAAUCGUGAGAAUGGUGAUCAAGACGAAGAGCGUUGAGUUCAUGCCGUUCUUCUUGUCGUUGUUCGUGUUCCUGUGCGGGACGUCCUGGUUCAUCUUUGGCCUGCUCGGCCGUGAUCCCUUCGUCGCUGUACCCAACGGGUUUGGUUGUGCGUUGGGAACGGUGCAGCUGAUAUUGUACGCAAUCUACCGUAAGAACAAAGGUGGGGCCAAGGCUGAUGAUGAUUCAAUGGAGAUGGGGUACGGUAAGCCGCAGCAGCAAGUAGAAGAGAAGAAGCAAGUGACUGACAAGUAAACGGAGAAGUGGGUGGAUGACAGGACUCAGUGAGUCAGGAGUGAGAACCGAGGAGGAGCUCCUCGGCUUCGGAUAUACAAGUAGUUCAUUCACAUUUCACACAAAUAACCCUCUGAUGCGUAUCUGGGUCUUGUUCUCUUCUUCUCCAAUCAAAUCAAUGUGUCCUGUUUGUUCCAUGUUUGGCUUUUCUGCGCUGAAAAUGGAUUUUCACUUCUACUAAUGUAAUACAAAGUAAAAUCAGGGUACUGUGAGAUUUUAACUUCCAGUUUGGUCCCAC